UUUUGUUUUGUCCCAUCGACCGUCCGACAGGAAUCGAGAAAUCAGUGCGAGCCAAAUGGCGGCCACCAAAUACGACAGCUUUGAGAAGAUAUGGUCGGGCCCGAAGGACAAGGAGUACUAUGGUCCGGAUAUGACGCUCGGCGAGGUGGCCCUAAUCAUCCUGCGGCUUUACUCCGACAAGGUGAUGCAGGUGUUUGAUCCCACGGGUGAGGAGCUCACCGGAGGGCAGCUCUUGGAGCAGAGCCGCCGUCUCGCCCAUGCUUUCCAGCGGCUAAAAUUACAGCGGGGCGAUGUGGUGGGCAUCUCGGCCAAGAAUACGACUUACCUCACCGAAGUGGUCAUUGCAGCUCUGCUCAAUGGCACUCCCAUCAACCCACUGCAUCCGGAUUUUGAUUCUGAAACUACGGCCUAUAUGUACGAGAUCACCAAGCCCAAGGUUAUAUUCUGCGACCUGGACAACUACGAGACCUUGAGCGCGGUCAAGAGCAGUCUCAAGUUCAAAACGGAGCUCAUCCUGCUCACCGGAACACUGCCAGGAGUUCGCAACAUUCAGGAUCUGCUAGCAGAUGGCUGUACCGAGUACGACGAGAAGACCCUUUUUGCCUGCCCGCAUUUGAGCGGCGAUGACACGGCUUUCAUAAUCACCUCCUCGGGCGUAACUGGUUUGCCCAAGGGCGUAAGCCGUUCGCACCGCAGCCUCCUGAACAAUGCCAAAAUCCCUCAGCUCUUCACCUCGGAGACAGUGCUCUUCUGCAUUAGUCCGCUCUACUGGAUCAGCUGCAUCUUCACCUUGCUCGCUUCUCUGGUCAAUGGGUGUCGCCGGAUCAUCACCAACCGUCCCUACAGUGUGGAGUACUUUGCGGACCUGGUGGAGCGCCACCAGGUGAGCUUCGUGCUUACCGUUCCCCACCACAUGGCCCUCUUGGCCCGCAGUCCCGAACGGUUUCAGCUGGCCGAGAAAAUGCAGUGUGUCCAGUCGUUUGUUUGCAGUGGAUCCAAGGUUCCCUUGGGCAUCUGGCGGCAGUUGUACGAGCUGCUGGGCGCCGACAGGUUUGCCGUGCUCUAUGGUCUCUCCGAGAUCGGAGGUAUCUCGAAGAAUGUGGGAUGCCCGCUGGGCAGCGAGGGCAAGCUGCUGCGAAACAUUCAGGUGCGACUGGUUGAUGGACAGGGUCAGUCCCUGGGUCCCAACCAGACGGGUCAGAUUCUGGCGCGACUCAACUUCCGCUGGGGAGGCUACUACCACAACCCGCAGGACACCCAGGUGACGGUCACGCCCGACGGAAAGUGGCUGCUGACGGGGGAUCACGGCUACUUCGAUGACGAAGGCUGCCUGCACUACCAGACACGCGACAGCGACGUCUUCAAGUACAACCACUUUCCCAUCUAUCCCAAGCAGAUCGAGGACGUUAUACUGCACCUGCCAGGAGUCCAUGAAGUGGCCGUCUUCGGCAUACCUGACGAGGUGUCCACCAAUCUCACAGCCUGCGCCGUGGUCCGAGAGGAGAAUGAGUGGGGGGAGCAGCUCACCGAUCGGGAUGUAAAGGGAAUCGUGGAGCAACACCUGAGCGAGGCCUUUCACAUAAGGGGCGGUGUCUUCUUUGUGGACAAUCUCCCGAAGACGCAGAACAACAAAGUGCAGCGAAGGAGAAUCUGGCCGGAGCUGAGUGAGGCCACCACCCAUCUGUGAGGCAAUCUUUGUUAUAAAUAAAUGUCACCUGUUGGACAAAGUCGUGCUCU